GCCAUGUCAGAUGAAGACCGGGUCAAAUUAGACACGUAGGUGCCAUGUCAGCCAAAACCACCGAGGGACCUUUUUUGUCCGGUUUUCGUAUGUUGGGGGACGGGUUGUACCCGGUUUUGUGGUCAAGGGACGAAAAUCGGACUGGGCGAUAAAUAGAGGGACCCUAAGUGAACUUAGUUCCCCAGUGCUUUCAUGAUGCCCAGUGGGCUUGGGAUAACCAAAUUGGCCGACGGGCCAGUGCUUUUGUGAUGCCCGCGAAAGAAAAGGUCCACUUUUACUCCCUUAAAUUUAGGUCCAAUCUAAGGAAAAAGUACACCGAAGAUCCCUCAAUUUGUCGUUGAGAUACAAAAUCGUCCCCCAACCACACAAAAUCAGAUACCGGGCAUCCCUCAACUAACAAAACCGUUACUUUAGAUCUUUCGAUGGUUUUGACCCCGUUUUAUCCGACGUGACGGCUGAGUCAGCAUGGGACCUGCGUGGGCCCCACAUGUCAGCGGGGCCACGUUGGCCUCCUCUGUCUUUUCCCCUCUUCUCUCCCUCCCUCAUCUCUCUCUCACUUCUCUGCUCUGCGUUCUGCAAUGCGGGAGAGGAGGCGGCGGCGACGAUGGCGUCGCACGAGGCGGAUGGGUGCGCGGAGGAGGGAGGGGACGAGACCCACGAGGCGGCGACGGGGGAGGGCUACGCGCGGGCGGCGGGGCAGCCGCUGCUGGUGCCGCUCAAGUGCGGGUGCCCCUCCCGCUCGCCCAAUGCAUACUCGCCUAUGCAGUACCAGAUCAACGCCGGCGACACCUUUUGGAUCGUCUCCACCACCAAGCUGCAGAACUUGAAGCAGUACCAGGCCGUCGAGCGGGUGAACCCCACGCUGGUACCCACCAACCUCGGCAUUGGCCAGAUCGACAUGUUCCCCGCCGCUUGUUCCCCUCCGUUCCCCGCUGCGUGUUCCCCUCCGUUUGUCGCCGCAGCCUGGUCGCCUCCCUCCGAACGCUGCCGCUGCCUGGUCGCGGGAGGGCGUCGGCAGCAACACCAGACCUACCCAAUAAAUUAUUUUUGAUUUUCACCAUCAAUUCACUAGCAAUGGCCAAGCUAGCCCGAGCAAAACAAAAAAAAAAAAGUCAUGUACAGAC